GCGGAUCCUGCCCCUCCGCCGUCCCRCAUUUCCGCGAGAUGGCGGCGCUGGGGGCUCGGCGGGUGCUGCGGCCCGCCCGGCGCUGGUUCUCGGACGCGGUGCCCGGCACUCCCUCGCCGGCCCCCAGCCCGCUYUACCCGCCCGUGGUGGCGUCCAUCACGGCCAAGAGCAAAGCGGCCAAGUUGCGACGCCUGGAGCGCUUCAACCAGCGGGUGCACGCGGCGGCCACGGUGGAGGAGAAGCUGCGGCUGUACGGGAAGCUGCAGCGGCCUAAGUACAUGGUGUACCCGCAGACCUUCGCCCUCAACGCCGACCGCUGGUACCGCAGUUUCACAAAAACCGUCUUCGUGCCGGGGAUGCCCCCGAUAGCCGCGGCUGCGAAACCCCCGRUAGAGGCGGCGGGAGCGACCCCCGAGGCCGGCGGGGCCCCGGAGCCGGGAACAGCGGAGGCACCGGGGGCGGCGGAGGCACCCAGGGCCGGGAAAACCUCCGAGCCUGCGGCGGGAGCGGCGCCGUAUCUGAAUAUGAGCGACCUGCGCUCCCUGGCCUGCGACGCUCUCCUGCAGGAGAGCUUCUACCAGACCAAGAAGCGGCCAUUCCUCUACCGCGACCAGGAUCACACGCCCGGCCCCUUUCUCACGCAGCUCGUUUCCACGCUCGCCGCUUUCCUGUCUGGUUGCAACCCACUGCUGGCUGCUUCCUCCCUCGAUCUAAAGCCUGAAGUCAACUAUUACUGGCAUCAUGGUGAGGAAGUUGUUGCUCAUGGACAUCGAAAGGGUAGAGUUGAUCCUGUGCGAUUCCAAAUAGAUGAUAACCCACACCUCCAGAUCCGUGUACCAAAGCAGCUUCCUGAGGUUGUACCACUGGAGUCAGAUCUUGGAGAUGUUCCUGUUAUUGAUCACAAGCCAUCUAAACUGCCUUUGUUCAAAAAGCAGUACGAAAAUAAGGUAUUUAUAGGAUCAAAGGUGGCAGAUCCAUGCUGUUACGGACACACCCAGUUUCAUCUUCUUCCUGACAAAUUGAAACGGGAGAAGUUUAUAAGAGAGCGUCUUGAGGAUCAGAUUGAAGUUGUUUAUCGAKCCAAUGGAAUUGCAAGUCUCUUUGCCUGGACAGCAGCACAAGCAAUGUAUCAAGGAUUCUGGAGUGAAGCAGAUGUGACCCGUCCUUUUGUAUCACAGGCAGUAGUGACUGAUGGAAAAUAUUUUGCAUUCUUUUGUUACCAGUUAAAUACUUUAGCACUAACUGCAGAAACGAUUGAAAACAACCCUCGAAAGAAUAUCUGUUGGGGUACAGAGAGUAAGCCACUAUAUGAUGUUGUGGAAGAUGGUAAUGUGAAAGGCUUUAAUGAUGAUGUUCUGGUUCAGUUGGUUCGUUUUCUGCUAAACAGACCAAAGGAGUUGUAAACCAUUAAACCACACAUAAAGUAUGUGCCUGAACUUCCUUGUAACUCCAUGAAGUAUGAGCUAUACUAUGCCUUGAUUUUAGUGAGGUGUUUGUGUAGCAAACAUUAUAUACAUAUUUUAUGUUAUUUGGGCCUUUUUUCUUUUUUUCUAUUUUAAAGUAUACUGUACACUGACAAUAAAUGUCUGGAAUACCUUAAAGUCUUUUGUAGACUACAUUUUCUCUUAAAAGCCUACUGUUCCUAAUUCAGCAUCACUUGAGUACUUUAUUUUAGCAGAUUCACAGAUCCAUGUUGAACUGCAGACAAAGUCACAACAAAGUAUGAAUUCAUGUGACCAUCAAUAGUAUCAGUAGAGAAUGGCUACUGAUACUCAGCACCAGUGAUAAAUUUAUAAUUUUGUUCCUGAGAGGAACUGAAUGCUUUAUUCUAAAGAGAAAGUGAGCUCAGAAUAAAAGGUGUUUCUUAAUGAAUGGUUGGCACUUUAGUUACAAACUAAGAGAAAUCUUUAGGUAUGGUAGUAUAAACAUGAUGAAACUUGCUUCCAAAGACUGUUGUGAACAUGAAUACACAGUUUUAAGUUGUUGCCUCCCGAACUACAGAGAGCACUCUCAAAUGCAUUUGGAGCCUACAGUUUUCCUUUCAGCAUGAGUCUUGAUUGCAGCUGUUGUUUUGCUGUUUUUGUUGCUGAUACUUGGAUGUCUUAUGAGUGUUUUUAGUGGACUGCAAGUGAGCCCCAGCCACAGUUAGGAUGUCUGAUUCCUAAAAUACAACAUUACAGAAUCACAGAGCAGUUUGGGUUGGAAGGGACCUUUCAAGGUCAUUUAUUCCAAGCUUCUGCARUCAGCCAGGACUUCUUCAGCUGUGUUGCUCAGACCYCUGCCCAUCCUGACCUUGARUGUUUCCAGGGAUGGGUCAUCCAUCUACCAUCUCUGGGCAACCUGUUCUACCUUGCUCAUUGUAAAAAUAUUUUCAGUGCAUCUAGCCUGAAUCAACACUCAUUUAGUUUAAAACAUUACCUGCCUUGUCCUAUUGAAACAGGCGUUGCUAAGAUACAAUGAGUGGUUAGGGGUAUUUACUUAUUAUUUGGUUCUGAGCUAAUUAAAUGUGCCUAGAAUUUUAUGUAAUUUAAUUGACUAUACUUGACCUUUUUGAAAUUUUCCAGUGUUUUUGUGGAGAGUCAAGCAGUUUGUUUUUAAACUGAGUCAUUGAAAUACCGGCCUGCAUGUUCUUCAGUAUGAGCAAGAGUCCAUUUCCUGUUGUAAAGUGGUUUACAAAAUAUUUUGCUAGUGGAAGAUUAGGUAAUUGUAGAGUUUUACUUGACUGGUAUUUUUUAUGUUGGAAAGCGUCGCCACUUUCUCCACCCUCAAGAGAUAAUGUAAGUAAGAUGUGUACAAGUGCUGGUUAUUUUUUAACAGAAGUCCUGAGUGCUGUUUUUGUCUUAACAAUGCUUAACUGUUACCCAUUCUGAUAACUGCUGAUCCUUGGAUUACAUAAAUGUUCUUGUAGUAACAGAAGAUGAACUGGGUAAGAAUGUUGAUUAUAGAGAAUAACCUGUGACCUAGCUUAAAAGGGACUGGUUGAUACUUGUCUGGUCUGAUUAAGGGAUGAUGCAAAAUGAAUGGAAGGAUAAAAAAGCAGCUGGAUAUUCUGACCCUAUGGCAGUCUUAGCAGUCUUCAGCUUGAGAUUCACUUGAGUUGCAUACAACUAGUGAAUGUGAAAGCUUACGUGCACAAAGAAAUUUGUGCUCCCAGGGAUAAAAAACGCUAAUUUUUCUGUGAUUCAGCCUUUUGUCUAUCUUGAGGCUUUAUCUGUAGCAGAGCAAAUUCAAAGAACUUUUUGUGCAGCUYUCCUGGUAGUUGAAAUAUCGCUUUAGACGUGUCACCUGGUAGUAAAGCGCAGUGGUGGG